CUGCCAUGAGGACACUUGUACACAUAUAGACCUGUGUGUAAGCCCCAUCUUAGUUCUUUUACUCACCCACACACACUCACACACACGCACAAACAAAGCAAGACAGAUGUGUGACAAGAGACACAAAGAAGCAUCUUACUACGAGGGAGAGAAGAGACACCGAAACAGCCAUCGUCCUCGUAAGUCCCAUGGGAAGAUGUCUUCCGUCCUGCUGAUGGUGAUUUUGUCCAUGUUUUCUGAAGGUUUUGCAUCGAAGACAGUAGACACUUCCAGCACUGAAAUUAUAUCAACAGAGUCGUCCCAAGACGAGGUGUCAGAGAGGUGUAUUGUAGAUUCUGUGGCCCUGACCAGCCGUUUGCUCGAGACCCCAGAGACCGUGUUCCAGCUGGUGAAUGCGUCCUGCAGCUACGUCCAGGCUUUCCACUUCUGCCAGAGCCACUUCAGCUCCCUCACAGUUCAGGGUCAGCAUGGGGAUGAAGAGGGCAUGAGGAAGGUUCUGGCCGGGACGCAACGCCCCGUCUGGGUCAGAGACAGCAGCAAACGCAACCCUACAUCCUCACAGAGUCUUUCCAAGCAGAAUGUUUUCUUCUCAGGAUUGUCCUUCUCUGGCAACUCUAAAGAUGGGUACGCACGAGUGGAGGCAUCAUUCCCACCACUGUCCGCUGUGAGCGUAUGCUUACGUGCACAGUUUGCCCUACACCAUGAAGACGUGUCCACUCUGUUCUCAUACGCCGCACCCACCUUGACGAACGAAUUCCAGCUCCGCGGACGUUUAGACAAGCCCAAGCACCAGGUCCUGCUAGCCCUCAUCAUCCACGGAAAGCACCAUUCUUACAAAGCUUGGUUUCCCAACAAAGGUGACUGGCACCAUAUUUGCGUUACCUGGCAGGGAAGUGAUGGACUUUGGGAUAUCUAUGUGGACGGCGAAAAACGCGACUCAGCCUCGAGGAAAGGCUCGUCCCGGGAUAUCUACGGGAAUGGGAUAUUUAUUCUGGGACAGGACCAGGAUUCUUUUGGGGGGAAUUUCACAGAGCCAUUUUUGGGGAACAUGACGGAUCUAAACAUUUGGAAUUCACGCCUGGCCAAGGAACAGAUUCAGACGCUUUUCACCUGUUCACCUACCUCAGAUCCGAUGCUGUUUUUCAGCUGGCAGGAGCGCAAUUUAACUCUCCACACUGUUGUGAAGGAGAUAGCAGAAAUGGUGAAAUGCCCCGGUUUGCUGCAGCAGAAACAUAAAGAACAGGAUUCCUGCCAAGUUCUGAGUGACUUUAGUCAAGGUGGACCAAAAUACAGCCUGACACCUUGCUCAAACACUUAUCCCUUCAUCUGCAAAAUCAGCAGAGACCGCUAUCUGAAGAAGAAAGAGCUGGAGAAAUCGUUGAUUUUGCACCCGAGUCCCUUCAUGCAAAACCUCAUGAAACAUGGCGUGACCACCACAGAUAUCCUUGGUAUGCCCGAUGCAGACAACUCCUGGGCUGGAGUCUCUCAUCUGGUUAAUAUCUCAGAGUAUUACUUGCGCGAGUCCCAGGGCCAGCUUGAAAUCAGGGAUGUUCCCUCUCUGCUUGGGAUGCUGUCUCGUGUUGCCGAGCUGCCAACCACAGGUGGCCAGAGCCAUGCGAAGGCACACACCCUCAGCCGCAGCAUCAUCAGUCUGGCGGAUACGCUCAUGAGUGAGGAGAUCAUGGACAAAUGGGAGACCAUCAGAGAGGUUGUUAGUGGACCAAUGGUUGUGGUGCAGACCAUCGACAGCAUGGCGUCUAACCUCAGCCCGCUGCUCCUGGGGGACACCGACCAUGUGCAGAUAAACAGCAGCAAUAUCAGACUGCAGGUCAAACAGAAGAAUGUGUCUGAGAGUUCUCAUGGAUCAGAGUUCUGCGGUUUCGGCACAGCCGGUCCCACGGGUCUGGACUGCAUCUCUGUUCCACCUCAAAGCAUACAGGAGCUCCACAAUGAGGGUUUCGGGAAAGUGACUCUGUUAAACGCGUGGUACGGCCCCUUGAGGCCGCUUUUGAAUGGCCAGGAGAACAUCACGCUCAUCCCGACCAGCACUGACGCCUCUUUCAAAUAUAAGGGGACAGUCCUGGGCUCGUCGCUCAUUUCUAGCACAGUGAUGGCUGAUGGCAAGUUCGUCAGUCUGGGUGUGCAGUACACGCUCCGCCAUCACACUCAGAGCACUUCGGGGAUCGUCCGUAAGCCGAUCUGUGCCUUUUGGGAUUUCGAGCUCCUGGCAGUGGAUAAAGGAGGAUGGUCGACUGAUGGCUGUGAGGUCAUUUCCUCACAAGAAGACAUGACUUCCUGUUACUGUAACCACACCACCAACUUCGCCUUGCUCAUGCAGAUUUAUGAGGUUCAGCGUUCCCCAGAAGAGGAAAGAGGUUUACAGAUUCUGAGCUUCGUCGGCUGUGGAGUGUCUCUGUGUGGACUGAUUUUCACCUUCAUCCUCUUCAUUGCCGUGAGUGUCCCUAAAUCUGACCGCACUACAGUGCAUAAAAAUCUGAUAGUAGCUUUGGCUGCUGCUCAGUUUCUCCUCAUCUUCAGCUUCUGGGCUUCUGCUAACCAGGAGCUGUGUUUGUUGGUGACGGCGCUCCUUCACCUGUUCUUCCUGGCCUCUUUCUGCUGGAUGCUGGUUGAAGGGCUGCUGCUCUGGAGCAAAGUCGUCUCUGUGAAUAUCAGUGAGGACAGAAGAAUGAGAUUCUACUACGCACUGGGCUGGGGUUUGCCAGUUGUCAUUGUCUCUGUAACCUUGACAGUGUCGCUGAAAAAGUACAAGGCGGAGCAGCAUUGCUGGCUCGACACCGAGUCUGAUAUUAUUUGGGCUUUUGUUGGGCCUGUACUGUUUGUUCUUACAGUCAACACUGUGGUCUUGUGCCGGGUCGUCAUGGUAACCAUCUCUAGCGCACGGCGCCGGGCCAAAAUGUUGGCUCCAAGCUCCGCCUCCAAAUCAAAGCCCCUGGAUUUGACGUGGGCAGCGACGCGGCCUGUCUUGAUUCUGAUGCCGGUUCUGGGUCUCACAUGGCUCUGUGGGGUCCUGGUGCACCUGUCUGUGGUUCUGGCCUACCUGUUUGUUGCACUUAAUGCCUUCCAGGGUUUGUACAUAUUCCUGGUGUAUGCAGUUUACAACAGUGAGGUGCAGAACGCUAUAAAGAGAAUUCAGGAGAAGAGGAAAGCUCUAUCGUUUACUAAUUGCUCUCAGCCAAUCAGCUUCUUGCCAUCUCAGCGGACUCCUGGUGCCUCAUGGGUAGACUGCUUGCCCACCCCUUCCAGCCCGGAGAACAGUAGCUCCAGUCAAAUGACCAACUCCACAGCCAGCUCGCUCGUCAUUAAGAAUGAAAGUUUCGGAAAUGACAAACUUGUAAGCUUCUCAGUAAAACCGACUGUGGAAAAUCCAGUGGUUCAGCUGAUGGCCUUCAAACCCUCAGCCUAACGAAGGGUCCUGAAGACAGGACACUCAUGGACUACACAUGCUGCUGACCUACACACACACACACACACACACACACACACACACACACACACACACACACACGGCGAAGCAGCUGGAGAAGAGCGGGCCUCUCCCACACUGCAGCUCCCCCCCCACACCGCUUUCCCAGGGUUAAAGCAAAACAGUACUGUGUGUGUGUGUGUGUGUGUGUGUGUGUGUGUGUGUGUGAGAGAGAUAACAGUGCCGAAGCUCUUCUGGGUUUCUUCUCUUCACUCUUCACAGUGAACAUGGAGCGUAGUUAGUGUUAGGAGUGGACACACAGCGAGUCGCACCGCGCCGAUCCUUCAGGACAGACUGCUUCAGCUGUCAGUGAGACGCUUUAACCCUGACUGUAGCUGAGUAGGUUAAUGUAAAUACACCACGCUGCACACUGACGUACCACACACUGACGUACCACACACUGACGUACCACAUGUUCCAUUCCUGUGUGACGUGGCCGUACUGACGCCUGCUCACUACAAGAGCAUGAAAUAGGAAUGAUUUGGAUUAGCCACGCACCGGUGCACAAAUCGUAGUUUAUAGAAAACAAAAUCCGUUCGGCAUUCUUUGGCGGUAUGAUCUGAGCAAGCGAUAGAGAUGUGAUUUUAUUUCUGUUCCAAAUCUGAUAGAUGUCAAUUAUAUGUGGAUUUAUUUACACUGUAAAUAAACCUGCCGUAAAACUUCAA